GUUACUGAACCGACCUCAGAGCUCUGCUCCUGCCUCUGAAACGUCAUUUGCUGUCUAACUUACAAACACAGAUCCCAUCCCGAAACCCAGAGACCAAGCCCCGAGACCAAGAGACUCAGCCCCGAGGCACAGCUCCGAGACCCAGAGACCCAGCUCAGUGACUAGAUCCCCACUUGUUCUCCCUCCCGUCGCGAUGCUGUCCGCUCUAGUUCUUCUCUCACUCGGCUCGCUGGUGGCCGGGCACGACCGUCCCAUCAUCGGCAUCCUGGCGCAGGAGACGACUCCCGACAUCGACGGCUUCUUCCCGGAGCUCAACUACACUAGCUACGUGCAGGCGUCCUACGUACAGUUCGUGGAGGCGGCCGGCGCUCGCGCCGCGCCCGUCUUCAUCCAUCGCUCGCAGCAGUACUACGAGGACAUGUUCCGCCAGCUGAACGGCCUGCUGCUGCCCGGAGGGAACAGUCUGCUCGGGUCGUCUGGGUUCGGCUCGGCCGCCAGAGCGUUCUGGGAGCUGGCGCACGACCACCCGGAGGUCUACUUCCCCAUGUGGGGUACGUGUCUGGGCCACGAGGAGCUGGCUUACCUGGCGGGUGGGCACGGGGUCCUGGAGCUGUGUGAUGCCCAGAACCAGCUGGUGGCCGUCCAGUCCGACUCGACGCUGCUCGAGAGCAGGAUGUUCGCUAACGCCACCCCGGAGCAGGUGGCGCUGUUCACUGACGAGCCCAACGUGGUGAUGUUCCACUCCAAGUGCGUGCGGCCGGGGGCGUUUGCACGUCUGGCUCCCGAGUACCGGUCGGUGGCCACAGCCGUGGACCGGCACGGCCUCGAGUAUGUGGCCAUCCUGGAGCACCGUGAUCUGCCCAUCUACGGCACCCAGUUCCACCCGGAGAAGGCGGCCUUCGAGUGGUCCACGCUGGAGCGCGUCGACCAGAUCUCGCACGCGCCGUCGGCGGUGUCCGCCUCCCAGUACCUGGGUGAGUUCCUCGUCUCGGAGGCGCGCCGCAGUGAGAACGUGUUCACCAGCGGGGCGGAGGAGGAGGCGGCCCUCAUCUACAACCACCAGCCGUACUUCACGGGCUCCCGCGGCUCCUCCUUCCAGAUGUGCUACUUCUUCGACGACUCCGACUUCAUGUAAUUACCCGGAAUGGAAGUUUUGUCACCCCGAUCUCUAUUUUGAUGGUUUGUGGGCUGAUUGGAGCAGAUCUUAAUUUUAGUUUAAGCGUGUUGGGUUGCUGUAACGGCUAAACAUUUUUAGCAGGUUUUGCCCUUCUUACAUGUCAUUAUGCUUGGGACGAUAGUUUAGAAGUCUAUUCGCAAUAAGGAUAUAUGUGUGAAACCAAUGUUCCUUAUGCGUGGCAUGAACUCCGGUGACGUGGGUAUUGUCUAUGUUGCGUCCCGCUCUAUACAGACGCAUAGUUGACUACCCGGGAUUUACAUCGC